UGUUGAGAUGGCGUGAGUCGGAACGGACAGGGUGCACAAUGAUGCAAUCUCAGAACAGCCUAACGAAGGAUUCCCUCUAUUAAACAACAGUAUAUGCGUCGAAAGAGCGGACCCUGACAGCCCUUCAAUUUUCCGGGUCCUUGAAGGCUUAACACUAUCUAGCACGAAUCUCACGAAUUAACACCAUGGGAGGAAGAAGCGCAGCCGCAAACAGCAAGGUGUAUACCUUGAAUAAUGGCGUCGAGCUACCAGCAGUUGGAUUCGGUACAUUUGCGAAUGAGGGAGCCAAAGGUGAAACCUACACAGCGGUUACUGAGGCUUUGAAGACCGGAUAUCGACAUCUAGACUGUGCAUGGUUCUAUCAAAACGAACAUGAAGUCGGUGACGCCGUGCGAGACUUUCUACAAACGAACUCUGACGUCAAACGAUCUGAUAUCUUUAUCUGCACAAAAGUAUGGAAUCAUCUCCACGAGCCUGACGAAGUCAAAUGGUCCUUUGAAGACUCUCUCAAGAAAUUGAAAACCGACUACAUCGACCUUUUUCUUGUCCACUGGCCCAUCGCCGCUGAAUCCGACGGAAGUCAUAUGCCCAAACUAGGCACCGAUGGCAAGUAUAUCAUCAAAAAGACUCUGACUGAGAACCCAAAGCCAACAUGGCGCGCCAUGGAAGAAUUGGCGAAAUCUGGCAGAACACGCGCCAUUGGCGUAUCUAAUUGGACCAUCGAAGGCCUGAAACAACUGCUCUCAUUCGCAGCCAUUAAACCUGCUGUCAAUCAGAUCGAAAUACACCCUUUUCUUCCAAAUGACGCGCUCGUCACAUUCUGUUUGCAGAAUGACAUCCUUCCAGCUGCAUACUCUCCUUUGGGAUCUCAAAAUCAGGUUCCAAGUACCGGUGAGAAGGUGCGGACUGACCCAACACUGAAUGCAGUAGCCGAGCGCAGUGGGAACUCACUUGCGCAGAUUCUGCUGGCGUGGGGUCUGAAGAGGGGAUAUGUGGUGCUCCCGAAAAGCUCGACACCGGCACGGAUACGGAGUAAUUGGGAGAUUCCGGAACUAAGCGCGGAAGAUUUUGAGGCGGUGGAGGGGGUAGCAAAAGGGAGGCAUACGCGGUUCGUCAACAUGAGGGGUACGUUUGGGUAUGAUGUGUGGGCAGACGAAGUUUGAGAACGUGAGAAUGCGAAUCUGAUAGGUUUUCUCCUACCUUUCGACUUGCAUAUAUGCUCAUACCAAAGAUCAAUGUGCAUGAAAACCGUGACAUGCUCCUCCCUACAUCGCUGUCGCACCAUUGGCCAUACAUACACCAUCCUAGCCUAGAGUCUCAUGAACAAAUAGCAAUUGUUGGCAAAGACAUCCUAGCCGCAACUACCACCACGGUAGAUAAGGUACAGCGAUAUAUCGCAA